GUAGUAUAUGAUUGACAGAGUUCAAAUUAAGUCGUACAUAUUUAUAUUUUAUUCUAGUCUUUUUUUUUUAAAAUGAUUAAAUUUAUAAUAUUAUCAGGCACGAUUCUCUUAUGUAUCUACUUGACUGAGCAAGUAUAUUUUCUUCAACCUGAAUACAUAAACAAAAUCAAUAGUAAAACAAUUACAUGGCAGGCUGGUCAAAAUUUCCAUCCAGAUACUCCACUGGAAUAUUUUAAACGUUUGUUAGGAUCUAGAGGAGUAGGAGGACCAAAGAAGAAUGAACCGGUUAAGUCACACGAUCCUAAGUACAGUAGUUGCCACCAUAUUCCAAAAGAGUUUGAUGCUCGAAAGAAGUGGAAACAAUGUAAAAGCAUUGGAACAAUUCGUGAUCAAGGAAAUUGUGGAUCUUGUUGGGCAUUAAGUACCACUAGUGCUUUUUCAGACAGACUAUGUAUUGCUACAAACUAUGAAUUCAACGAAAUGCUGUCAGCUGAAGAAUUAGCAUUUUGUUGUAAAAAUUGUGGUUUAGGCUGUUACGGCGGUUUUCCUAUCACAGCUUGGAAACAUUUUAGAUGGCACGGAAUUGUUACUGGAGGUGCUUAUAAUAGUAGUGAGGGAUGCCAGCCUUAUCAAAUUGCGCCUUGUCUUCAUGAUGAGCCACCCGAAAUUGAGGGUUCCUGUAAGAGCCAUUCAGUAGAAGAGAACCAUAGUUGUCGUAGAGAAUGUUAUGGCGACACAAAACUUGAUUACAAGGAAGAUCACAGAUAUACCAAAGAUUUUUACUUUCUUGAUCCCAAAACAAUUCAAAAAGAUGUUCUAACGUAUGGCCCAAUAGAAGCGUCCUUUCAUGUUUAUGAUGAUUUUUUGAGUUAUAAAAAAGGUGUUUACAUUAAAUCAGAAAAUGCCACUUACUUAGGUGGUCAUGCAGUUAAAUUGAUCGGUUGGGGCGUGGAAAAUGAUGUUCCUUACUGGUUGUUACUUAACUCAUGGAACACUAAUUGGGGAGACAAUGGAUCAUUCAAAAUUCGAAGAGGUACUAAUGAAUGUGGAAUUGAUAAUGCAACAACUGCUGGUGUUCCUCUUGUUGAUGAAUAUCUUUAUGAAAAAACUUUGUAAAUUUUUAGAUAUUUAAUUGAAAAAUAUUAAACAUUUUUUUCAUUUUAUAUGAUAUUAAAUAAAUUUGACCUUAAGUUUUAUGAAAAAACUAGUUUGUUUUCGCAAAGAUUGUGGUUUUUUAUUUUGGUGGCUGGUUGAAAUUACACAUUUAGUAUUAACAAAAAUCAUGGAUGCAUCAUUAAAAUAGAAGAGUUUACAAUAAAUACAAAUAAUGUUUUAUUACAUAAA